GUCUUGCAUCUUGUUUUAAAGGUUAUGCUACGUUUUCUUCUAAAAGAAAUUAACAUCUCCUCCUGAAAACUGAGAACUAAGAACUCUCAACCCCCUUAUCGACAGCACUAGUCCGAGUUUUCAUACACAGGGAUUAGUUUUUUCCGAUGAAUUUUUUCAGAGAACUUGAAAUAUUUAUCAAAUAGUAUAACGAAUGUCAGGGUGCUUGGAGCAUUUCAAUUUCCUAUAUGCUACUCAAAUACUUAGCUCCAAAUAUCUGAUCAGUACUAUACCACUUUUUGGUCUAUUUUUAGCUCUCUUCGAAGUUAAUUCAGUCGGUACCUUAACUAGUAGGGUCAUCCAGUUUCAUUAUAGAGCAAGUCAGACAACUCGUGCAGCUGAAUAACAUUCGGUAGUCCGACCACACAGAAUAUCUUGAUCAUUCUUUCAUGGUCUUCCAUUUACGUGGAAUGGGUAGUCAAGUCUUAAGAUCCUUGUUGUCAAUUUGCUUAUUUUUGUGCCUGAUCAUCUUUAGCCCGAACCUGGCAUCUGCCGCUCUGAGGCCAAACUACUAUGCCAAUGUGUGUCCCGAUGUUGAAUCCAUAGUUCGAGAGGCUGUUAAGACAAAAAUUCACCAAACCUUUACUACAAUCCCUGGAACUCUCCGUCUCUUCUUCCAUGAUUGCGCAAUCCAGGGUUGUGAUUCAUCAAUAAUGAUUCAAUCAAAAGGAAAUAAUACAGCUGAGAAGGAUCACCCGGACAAUCUUUCUUUGGCUGGAGAUGGAUUCGACACCGUGAUCAAAGCUAAAGCUGCAGUUGAUAAAGCUCCCGGUUGCAAAAACAAGGUCUCAUGUGCUGAUAUUCUGACCAUGGCCACUCGGGACGUCGUUUCCCUGUCUGGAGGCCCUUCAUACCGCGUAGAGUUGGGAAGAUUAGACGGGCUGAUAUCCACUUCUUCGAGUGUCAACGGAAGUCUCCCAAAGCCUACCUUCAAUUUGGAUCAACUCACUUCUUUUUUUAAUACGCUUGGUUUAAACCGAAAAGAUAUGAUUGCUCUCUCAGCUGCUCACACUGUGGGAUUUUCUCACUGCAGUAGAUUUGCGGCGAGAAUUUACAAUUUUAGCCGGCACAACAAAGUAGACCCAGCACUAAACAAGUCGUACGUAGCUGAAUUGCAGUCAUUAUGCCCAAUAGGCGUUGAUUCAAGAAUAGCUGUUAACAUGGAUCCGAUUAGUCACAAAAAAUUUGAUAACAUUUACUAUAAGAAUCUUCAGCAGGGCAUGGGGCUAUUCACCUCUGAUCAAAUCCUCUAUACUGAUUUCAGAUCAAGGCCGUUCGUUAACCUCUGGGCUAGCAACAAUGCAGCUUUCGAACGAGCCUUCAUCACGGGCAUGACCAAAUUGGGUCGCGUCCGAGUCAAGACCGGACGUAGCAGAUAUGGAAAUAUUCGUCAAGAUUGUGCUGCAUUCAAUUCUUAGGGGAAAAAAUGUGUCAAAAACAGUAAUGUAAACUAUGCUCAUUGGAUUUAAUUUUACCCGUGAUACAAUAGUAGAGUUCAGUGUACACAAUACUUGAGCAAAUUUAUCUCCUCCCAUUGAAAUAUACAUAACAAUCUCUUCUUAA